AUGCUCAGCUCCCCGGGAGGUCGCCGAAAAUACCAGGAUAUGCAACGCCGCCGAGAAUUACUUUCGUCUCCCAUGAAACGCUCGAGCACAACUCCCAAUUUGCACUCAAAAGCGAACCAGAUCUUGGAUGAUGAGCUGGAAGAUGGCGAGGACGAGGAGACCCUGCAGCUGAAGCUCGCCGAAAUCCAGGCCCGUCUAAAGUUGAAGCAACUGCAAAAGAACCGAGGCCGCUCAGGAACUCUCACCUCGAAUCCGGACGAUGAGGACGAAAUGCCUGCAUCGACAUCCAAGGUUCCGUCACGCGCCUCUGCGCUGAGGAGUCCUCCACCUUCACACCAAAGGGCGCCUAGCGACGGAGUUCAGGUUCCCAUGUCACCUACGAAGAAGCUGACCCCAGCCCCGGAGCCCUGGUCGCCUCGACGACGCCAAUUGGGUAUCGAUAAAGGAUGGAAAGCUUCUGAUGUGUCAUUAAAACGGCCGCGGAGCUCAAGGCCUGACCCUCGCCCCGCCAGUCACCUUGGAACUCGUCCCGGUGCUACGUCCCGUUCAAGCGACCUGUUCUCACCAAGGCCCCAAACUUCCCCAGCAGGAGGUGGGGGAUUGACGCGUAUCAAAAGCUUCAGUGAGCGAAUGGCAGAAGGACGAGCAGCAGAGAAGGCCGAAAAGGCCCGACUGGAGAGAGCGGAGAGGGUCCAAGCAAGUCGCAGCUCAGGCUUCCAACUGGACCAAGCAGAGAUAGAAUCCUACAAAGCCAUGGCCGCGAAGGAACCGGAUUCGGCACUUCCGUCCGCAAACCGAGAACCACAGGUGCAACAAUUCAAUCGGGAAGAAAUCCUUCGGUCUCUCGACGUGGCUCCGCGGCCUGGAGGUCUCAAGAGAAGCCAAACAACCUCCAAUAUAAGGGAGGGGAAUGGCAAAAGACAGCUCACGAAUAGCGGGGCCCGGAAAGAUCUACCCUCUGAUACUCCAGAUCGAGAAUCGUCGAGUACGCCUGAUCCUUCCAAGUUUGAGUCUUAUUCAUCGCUUCACUUAUCGAGCCGCAUUUUGCCUCAUUCGUUCCUGAGUCGCAGUAUGGCUGAUAAGAAGAUCCUUCGCAUUCCGGACCUCCUGAAAACCAUUAAAACACCCGACUUCGAGCUACCAGACGAGAUAGAUGGCGAUUAUGUGGUAUUCGGGAUCGUGGCCUCGAAAUCAGACCCGAAAGAAACCAAGCAGAAGGAGAAUUCGACUGCUAAAGAGGCCAACCCUUAUGAUGACGGACUCAACAACACUAAUAAGUACAUGGUGAUCACGCUGACCGAUCUCAAGUGGACCAUCGAUCUCUUCCUCUUCGACACAGCCUUCCCACGCUACUACAAGAUCACAGAGGGCACUCUCGUCGCAAUCCUCAAUCCCACAAUCAUGCCGCCUCCGAAGCACAAACUAGACACUAACCGUUUCAGCCUGGUUCUCUCCUCAUCCGACGACAAAGUCCUCGAAAUAGGCAAGGCCCAGGACAUCGGCUUUUGCAAAGCCAUGCGCAAAGAUGGCAAAACCUGUCAAUCCUGGGUUGAUGGGCGAAAGACCGAGUUCUGCGAUUUCCACAUUGACCUCCAGGUCCGGAGGACCCAAGGCCAGCGCUCCGGUGUGAACAGCCAAAACACCAACUAUGGCCCAGGCGGGCGAUCCGGCUCACGAACAGGAUUCUUUUCUCACGCCCACAGCGGAAGUAAUGGCAGCGGCUGGAGAAACAGCCAUGACAUGUCGAAAAGGGCCAUAGAAGGGUUAUUGGAUGAAGGCCCCAAAUAUGAUCUCAGCUCCCAGUCCACAUACUAUGUGGCACCAGCUCCAAAAAACCGUGGCGCAGGUCGUACCUCAUACAACCCAGUUACGGGCGGUGGCUCUGCAGCGAGCUUGAUCGAUGCAAUUGACGACCCCUUUAUUGCGGCAGCAGGCAUGGGACCCCGAGGCAGAGGGAGCAAAGAGGACAUGAUGCGUAGACGUCUUGCAGAGCAGAAGCGCGAGCGGGAUAUCAGACAGAGACUUGUUGCUGGCCGCAUUGGGGGUCCCGGCGCCGAUUACCUCCGGCAAGGCGUGGGGUCGCCUUCUACUGAGAACAAGGAUCAAAAGCCCUCUGCGUCGGGGGCUGAGGUCAAGAAGACUCGCUUUAUUACGGCGAAGGGAAUCAGAGAGGCUGGACGAGAAAGCUUGGGUGGCCCUGAUACCUCUCAGCAGCCAAUUCUGUCUGAUGAUGAUGAUCUAGAGUUUAUCUGA